ACACAGUGUUGCAUGUAGGAAGUCUGGAGAGCGAGAUAGGAGGGCUCUUCCUGACUGAUAGUUUUGUGGCGCUAUUCUGUUUUAGCUCCACUUAAAAACAUGGACUAAAGGUUCUAUAAGGGAUCUAUAAGGGAUCUAUAAGGGAUCUAAACCUAACAUUUUGAGAGGUAAAUUUUCUCCACAUUUGAGAUGGGUGAGCAAGGCAGCAGCACUAGGUUAACAGGAUCUCACACGGAGGAGGAAAUGGAGGGAGAAGAACAGAAAGAUGAAGUGAGGGAAAGUGCAGUUCCUAGUUUCUCUGAGUUCUCCUGCACUCUGCGUACUGUCGCAAGGAUAAAACAGAAGUAUCAAGCCAUGAAGAAGCGUCGUCUGGAGAUGUCCGCGGGUCUGGGAGGCACAGGAGUACUCACAGGGGCACCUGCUCGUACCAGCCCUAAAAUAUUCAUCUUUGAUGAAUUGACUCCCGCUCCCCACUCUUCCCUCUUAUUUUCAAAUCCUCAAAGAAAAAAGAAGAAAAGGAAAAGACGAGUGUUGUUUCCCACCGGAAGUGGACGCAGAACCCCGCCAUCACAAGAAAAUAGUCGAGCCAAAUACUGCCUAUACUUGCUUUGUGGUAUUGUCUUUCUACAGGUGUACAAUGCCAUAGAAAAUCUAGAUGACCAUGUUCUUAGAUAUGAUCUGGAGGGAUUCGAGAAGACUCUAAGGCGGGAGGUGUUUGGUCAGCAGGGAGCAGUGGAGAGUCUGCUUGCCCACCUUAAGGACUACUUGUCCACCUAUGUCCACAACAAGCCUCUUGUCCUGUCCUUGCAUGGUCCUAGCGGGGUGGGGAAAAGCCAUUUGGGACACCUUCUUGCUGGGCAUUUCCGUUCAAUAGUUGGGGAGGCCCUGGUGCUCCAGUACUAUGUUCUUCACCAUUGUCCCCUGGAGGCUGAUGCAUGGCGCUGUGCACGUUCCCUGUCUGCUCUCGUCUCUGAGGCAGUUGCACGUGCUGAAGAAGAGGAGAAGAUCCCACUCUUCAUCUUUGAUGAGGCUGAGCAUAUGCAUAGUGAGAUAUUAGAUGAAUUGAGGGAGCUAGUAGUCUCCAAACGUUCAAAUGAAUACCUAAAUGCUGUUUAUUUGUUCCUGAGUCGUCUGGGUCAUGACCAAAUCACCAAGCAUCUGCUGCACAACUCUUCAAGUAUGGCAGUAUCAGAGGCUAUGCGUCACGGUAACCUGGUUAAAGAACUGACUCCUGUGCUGCGCAACACUUUGGAGAAGCUUCACCCACUGUGGACACAUGCAGACAUCAUACCUUUGGAACUUUUGGAGAAACGUCAUGUCAUGGACUGCUUCCUUGAGGAGAUAACCCGUGAGGGGUUCUACCCAGAUCAUGCUAACAUAGAGCGUCUGGCAGGAGAGAUUGACUACUACUCCUCUAUAGGGGAGAAUGAAUAUGCCAAAACAGGUUGCAAGCAAGUAGUGGCAAAGGUCAACCUGCUGUGAACUCCUCUCAUUGGAAUCUGUAGAUGCAGAUUCUACAACCGUGAGAAAAAUAACUAAUGUAGAGGGCUGAGUAGUUACAUGGACACAAAACUGAGAUGACCAGGCACUGAGCCACUCCAGCAAGAACAUGUUUCUAACAGUGGCAAAAGAGGACUUAUGUGGUCUAGAGAAACAUGGCAUGCAACUCUUUGUAGAAGUUUGAAAACAUUCUACUAAUAAUUCUUAAUAUUUAAUUCUAAGCAAAAGCAUAAUUAAAAGGUAGCACUAUACAGUUCAGCCACACAAUGCUGACAACAGGAAUAAAGUAUAUUUGUUACUGGUCACAUUGUUCAAGCCUCAUCAGAAAAAAAAUAGGAUUUGACACGGAACACGAGCUGUAUCAGACCAAUAUUCAUUAUAAGCAGAAGUUCUAGUGUGUUCAUACAGUUUGAAAAAGUGAACCAGUAAAUGUGUCCAGAUGUACUGAUUCAAUUUUCUGUGAAAAUUAUUUUAAGUUUAUUUUCUCUAGAACUUGGAUGCACAUGCGAGAUAUUGUGUUCGUUUCCAUUUUCUGUAAUGAAAUUAAGAGCCGGAUCUGUUUUAAAGGGCCUGUGUGCAAUUUCUAAGGAUAUGAAAUUCCUGUUGACCUGCACGGCCAUUGCUAUCAAGUACAGCAUUAUAUUUCUCUACAUCAGCAACGAUAUUCUCUUUAAAGUGCUUGGGAGUUUUGGUUGGUGAUAAGUGUAACUGUUUGAAUCCUAACAAGUCCCUCAGAAAAUAUUCUAGUAUUGGACAUUUACUAGAUAUAUCUCAAACCAUACAUUUUUUUUAGAUUUCUUAGAAUAUGAGUAUUGCACAUACAAUUAGU